AUGAGCAGCGCUGUGUUGGUGCCUCGCCUCCCCGACCCCAGCAGCAGCUUCCGCGAGGACGCCCCGCGGCCCCCAGUGCCGGGUGAAGAAGGGGAGACCCCACCGUGCCAGCCCGGGGUGGGCAAGGGCCCGGCCGCCACACCGCCGCCUGUCUCCUCCAGCGCCAGGCGGAAUGAGGACGGGUUGGGGGAGCCGGAGGGGCGGGCGUCUCCGGACUCCCCUCUGACCAGGUGGACCAAGUCCCUGCACUCCUUGCUGGGUGACCAAGACGGUGCUUAUCUCUUCCGGACUUUCCUGGAGAGGGAGAAAUGCGUGGAUACCUUAGACUUCUGGUUUGCCUGCAAUGGAUUCAGGCAGAUGAACCUGAAGGAUGCCAAAACGUUACGAGUAGCCAAAGCGAUCUACAAGAGGUACGUCGAGAACAACAGCAUUGUCUCCAAGCAGCUGAAACCUGCCACCAAGACCUACAUCAGAGAUGGCAUCAAGAAGCAGCAGAUCGAUUCUGUCAUGUUUGACCAGGCGCAGACUGAGAUCCAGGCGGUGAUGGAGGACAAUGCCUACCAGAUGUUUCUGACUUCUGAUAUAUACCUCGAAUACGUGAGGAGUGGGGGUGAAAACCCAGCCUGCGUGGGCGGUGGGGGCCUGGGGAACCUGAAGCUCGUGUGUGGCUACCUCCCCACGCUGAAUGAGGAGGAAGAGUGGACUUGCGCCGACUUCAAGUGCAAACUGGCCCCCAGCGUGGUCGGCUUGUCCAGCAAAACCCUGAGGGCUACAGUCGGUGUGAGGUCCACAGAAACUGUCGAGAAUGGAUACAGGUCCUUCAGGAGGAGCGAUCCAGUGAAUCCAUACCACGUGGGUUCCGGCUGCGUCUUCGCGCCAGCCACCAGCGCCAACGACAGCGAGAUAUCCAGCGAUGCGCUGACCGACGAUUCCAUGUCCAUGACAGACAGUAGCGUAGAUGGAAUCCCUCCUUACCUCGGGGGGAGUAAGAAACAGCUCCAGAGAGAAAUGCAUCGCAGCGUGAAGGCCAACGGCCAGGUGUGCCUACCUCAUUUCCCGAGAACCCACCGCCUGCCCAAGGAGAUGACCCCCGUGGAGCCCGCCGCCUUCGCGGCCGAGCUCAUCUCCCGGCUGGAGAAGCUGAAGCUGGAGCUGGAGACGCGGCACAGCCUGGAGGAGCGCCUGCAGCAGAUCCGAGAGGACGAGGACAAGGAGGGCUCCGAGCUGGAGCUGAGCGCCCGGGAGGCGGGGCCGGCCCAGCACCCCCUCUCCCUCCUGCCAUCGGGCAGCUACGAGGAGGACCCGCAGACCAUCCUGGACGACCACCUGUCCAGGGUCCUCAAGACCCCCGGCUGCCAGUCCCCGGGCGUGGGCCGCUACAGCCCCCGCGCGCGCUCCCCGGACCAGCAUCGCCGCCACCACCUCCUGCAGCACCGCGCGCCCCCGCCCCCCGGGGGCCCGCUGCUCCCCCCAGCCGCCGCCCCGGCCGGCUGCCCCCUCCUCGGGGCCCGGGGCUUCGUGAGCAGGCAGACGACGAAGCACGUCCACCACCACUACAUCCACCACCACGCCGGCCCCCGGACCCGGGAGGAGGUGGAGGCCGAGGCCGCCCAGCGCGCGCGCUGCCCCUGCCCCGUCCCCACCCCCGGGGGGGCCGACUACCCCUGCUGUGCCAAGUGCAAAAGCCACCCUGGGGCAACGGAGCCCGCGGCGGCGGCGCAGGCUGGCGGCCGCGGCCGAGGCGCCGUCCCACCCCGACGGAGCGGGAGAGGCUCGGAGCCGGGCCCGGCCGGGCCAGCCCGGGAAGGAGGGGCCCCCGGCGGAGCGGGGCCGCUGCAGCCGCCCGGGGAGGAGGGAGACCGGGCGCAGGACGUAUGGCAGUGGGUGCUGGAGAGCGAGCGGCCGGGCAAGCCCAAGCCGCACAGUGCCCAAAGCACCAAGCGGGCCUACCCCUUGGAGUGCGCCCGAGCAUCCCCAGCCGGCCGUCACCACCUGUGGGGGGGCAGCAGCGGGCACCCCCGCGCCGCCCCCCGCGCCCACCCGUUCACCCAGGACCCUGCGGUGCCUCCCCUGACCCCACCCAACACCCUGGCGCAGCUGGAGGAGGCCUGCCGCCGGCUGGCGGAGGUGUCCAAGCCCCCGAAGCAGAGGUGCUGCGUGGCCAGUCAGCAGAGGGACAGGCACCACUCGGCCACUGGUCAGCCAGGAGCCACGCCCUUCUCCAGCCCAAGCCUGGCUUCGGAAGAUCACAGAGAGCCAAGGAAGCUGGCAGGGGCGCGCGCUCCCCAGGCCAGCGAGCUGGUGGUCACCUACUUUUUCUGCGGAGAGGAGAUUCCGUACCGGAGGAUGCUGAAGGCCCAGAGCCUGACCCUGGGCCACUUUAAAGAGCAGCUCAGCAAAAAGGGAAAUUAUCGGUAUUACUUCAAAAAAGCGAGCAACGAGUUCGCGUGUGGAGCCGUGUUUGAGGAGGUCUGGGACGACGAGGUGGUGCUGCCCACGUACGAGGGCCGGAUCCUGGGGAAGGUGGAGAGGGUCGACUGA